GUUGAAGAUAGCCAUUUGGUAUCCGCGAUUGCAAAGAAGUUUAUUCGAACAAACAAAAAUGUUUGUCCUGGUGAUUCUUUUCUGCUCAAUUGCUGGCGCUCUUGCGCAGUCAUCAUCUUCUUCAUUUUCUUCUUCGUCAUCAUCUUCUAACUCUCAACCAUUGUACGACGGCCCUUGUCCUCAAAUAAUUUCAGACCCGAUUGAUUACAAUAGGUAUUCCGGACAAUGGUAUGAAGUUCAACGAACUGCUGAUCACUACAACGAAGAUUCAGAAUAUUGCCACAUGUCAACAUGGGACAAGCCAGUCAACAAUAAGUCAAGAGUUACACUUAGAACUUUUUCACCAAAGUUUCCUGCUGGUACAAGUUACUAUGGAAAUGCUGUCCAGAAUGAACGAGGAACAUUUUUGACUCACGAUAUUACAGUUGCUAGUGCACCCACUGAUUUUUAUACUCUCGCUACCGAUUACAAUAACUAUGCGAUAGUUUGGGCUUGUGACAAUCGUGGAGACAAACAUUUUCAACGAACCUGGAUGUUCUCGCGAACUCCUACUCCACACAGUGAUUUUGAAGACUGGAAACGACGGGCAUUUAAUCGAUACAAUCUUCCAGUUCCAAGGACGGUCAUUUCUCCAAACUUUGUAAAAUGCGGAUAUUCUUCUUCUUCUUCUUCUUCUUCUUCUUCUUCUUCUUCUUCUUCAACAUAGAGUUCAAUUUUGUAGAAUCGUUUCAAAAUAUUAUAUAAAUUUAU